AUGGCUUCCUUUAAUUACCUUCUUCUCUUCAUGGUGCUUACAUUUACAGGCCAAUUCUCCCACUGUUUCGGAAAGAGUAGCCGAAAGGAAUUGAGGAAUAAGGAGGACCCCCUUGAAACUGUAAUACAAUCUGGAAGCUCAAUUCAGACCAACAGAGUUGACCCUUCAAGAGUUGUCACGCUCUCUUGGCGACCAAGGUCCGGACCUGUCUUUUGGCUUUUCAGGACAAAAUACUUUCAAGGAUUGAAGAAAGAAUUUCAGCUUGGACUCUCCUUCCCAAAGGCAUGUUUGGUCACCCGGGCUCCUGUCUUCUUAGAACGACUAUUUUGUUCUGUGAAUUAUGCAUCUGAUCUGGUAUUUCAUGUUGUUGCAUGA